GCAUCCAGCCGCGGAGAUGAAAGGACGAACGGACGAACGUGUUAUCCACAAGCUGAUGGAAGCAGUCGCUCGACAAUUGUCCAUUCGAGAGCCCGAGCCCCAUGAAUUCCGACGCGUCCAAGCGCUCGUUUUGACAGCGCGCGCCUUGCGAGUGAGCCAGCCAUAGCCGGAGCCAUGGCAAUCAGCAGCGGCUGCUGCGGCAGCAGCCUCGCAGCUGCAAUGGCGAUGACCAGCGCCACGAAUCUGAGCAGCAGAGCUUCGACGACCUUAAUCGACUCUUCGGCCGACGUCGUGUGCGCGUUCGGCGCUCGAAAUGCGAGAUUCGGAUUCGCGUCGAAGGGGUUGAGGUCGAAUUCUGCGCGACGGAGUGGCGUCUGCAGCGUUCGGAGAGCGAAUGGAGGUCGAUUUCGAACCGGGGGCCGAGAUUGCGUCGGGGUGAGGGCAGAAGGGGCGGGUUCUGGCAACGGGAUGGAGCCCGAGCGCGUGACCAGGAACGAGCAGCUGGCGUACGAUGGGCCCGGCAAAGGAGGGCAAUGGUUGAGUGCGACCACUCGCCACGUGAGAAUCUAUAUCGGUGUUGCGGAUCCUGUGUCUCUGGCUCUGGACCAAUCGCAACUGGACAAGGUCACCCUCAUGCUCGACCCUGACAAUGAGUUUGUGUGGCCUGAUGACAAGGUCCAAAAGGUUUAUGACUACUUCACCGAACUCGUCGAAAAUUACGCGGGCGCUGAUUGUACUGAGUACACUUUGCGUUUGAUUGGGUCGGACAUAGAACACUUCAUUAGGAAGAUGCUUUUGGCCAACGAGAUCAAGUACAACUUGGAAUGUGGCGUUUUGAACUUCAGCAUGGGGCAGCCACGCUACGAUCCAGCAACGUUGGAAGGAGUGGAAGUAGAUGCUGAGUGACUGUUUUCUCAUCACGUCCUGCUGGAGGGCACUGACUUUUACGCUCAUGGGUUCAACUGUCCAGAGAAGAACAGCUCACAGUUGAUGUAGCCACGUCCAAUUCAGUCCGACCUACCGCUCAGAUCUCCAACGGCAUCGUCACCUUAGAAUUACUAAUUGAUUGAUUCCUCGACCCUCGAACAAACUGAGCCCUCUUGAAGCUCAGGUGUAUGUCUUAGUCUCUUGUACAUGUGUAUCUUCGGUGGCGACACAAUAGCAUUGUAUUUUUUCGCCCUCAAUCCGCCUCUGUGAGGGUCGACGUGAUUAUUGAGGUUGGCACUUACACAGCACUUGCACUGAAUUCAAAUCACACUCAGAAAGCUGGCUAUUCUGUCUACAGGGCAACUAGUAAUACAUCUCCAAGCCUUGUCCUCUGUUUAUAGUGAACCUGACAUCGGCUCUAAGCUGUACCAUUACUUUCAAGGUGACUCUUGUCCUUGUCAAAACCCAGUGUUAUGUUCAUGACCAAAUUCA